UAGGGACCCUGUUGGAGUGUUUCCCGGCUUAGCACUUCCGUAUAAACAAAUUCUUGAUGAAACACAUUCAGCGCCAACAUUUCCUCAAUUCUCACACGAUACUGGGAAUAUCGUGAUAUGCAAUGGCUGGAGAGACCAAUGUCAGUUUGUGGGUGAGAGCAGAACCAUUCAGUUAUGGCGCCUUGCAUAUUGCUCCACACCCAAGACUCAACUUCAAUAAUAUCAAGAAGAUUGUAAUAUAUGCCAAAAACAAAGGUGAAACUGGAUUCCCAAAACUAAGUUACUCAGUGUGGAGACAUAUAGCGUGCAACAAACUCCACCUCUCUGAAGAACUUGCAUGGUUGUAUUUUGCGACCUGUCACCUUCUAAGUGAGAAUACAUCACCAGCUGAGAGGCUCGAGUGGGACCAGAAGUUUGCUGAGGGCAGUGAGGUGGUCCAAGAUGCAUUGAAGAACAAAGUGAGAGUGGGGACCCUAAAGUUUGUGUUGUUUCUCUACAUCCAGCAGCUCAACAAAGUCUCACUGAAAGCCUCCCUUGUGGCAGGUGAUGAAUGGCCAACGCGGUGUUCCUCCCCCGACCUUGAUUCCAGCGGCAGGUCAACACCUCGCAGCAACAACAAGGUGUUGGAUGACCAUAGCCAUAUGGUGUUUCUGCAGAACAACAUCCAUGAAGUUCUUGAGCUUCUCAUUGAAUAUGACACCUACGGUACAACCCAGGGAGAUCUUAGCUUGACCCUGGGUGCGGUAGAUGCCCUGGGGUUUGUGAUAGCGGGAUCCAUAGACAGAUGCAAGACACUUCAACCCCUUCUGGACAUUGCCAUGCUGCAAACAGUCCAGCACAAAAGUGGAUACUCAAAGUUGAUGCGGAGUUUUUCCCUGCGGCUGCUGCAGAAUUGGAUCAAGGACUCGCUUGUACAGAACCCGUUCGGAAUAUCGGCAUGUAUUGCCAGUGGCCGACGCCUCUCUUGGCCAAUGGGAGUGGCAGGUGAUGACCUCAAGGAGGGGAAGGAGACCCAGACCAAAAGGGGGAGAAUAGCCACCAACGCUCACACUGUGCCAAAGGAACACAUCAAAGGGAACAAGAUCAUUAUAAUGAGCCAAGUAGGGAAACAGACCAUAUCUAGGAGUUCCGGUACCCUGGAGAACAGCAGUGUGAAGAUCCACCGCUGCCACUCUGCCUUCCUUUACCUACUCUCUCCCCUCAGGUCAGUUACGAUAGAGAAGUGCCAUAACACGACUGUGAUACUGGGUCCGGUGGAAACACAUGUGUACUUGAGCCACUGCGAGUCAGUCACGCUGAUAGCCACAGCCAGGAUUGUCACUGUCAGCUCAUGCACAUUGUGUACCCUGCAUGUGUUAACGCCCAACCCCCCUGUGAUCCUGAGCGGUAAUGACUCCAUACAGCUGGCCCCCUACCACACACACUACCCAAAACUGGAGGAGCACAUGGCAGAGGCCGGCAUCGGUGUACAGAGGAACAUGUGGGACCAGCCAUUGUGUAUUGGGCCAGACCACAAGGAGGACACUCCAGUGUGGGAACUUAUGCCAAUCACCGACUUCUUCACAUUCAACAUGCCUUUUGAGAUGGAGGGGCCCACACGCGCCAUUCCUGGGGGCCUACCAAGCAAGUACCAGAGGGCAAUUGCCCAAAGAAACCGGCAGAUUGACUCAUGGCAGAAGACAGUGAAGGAGGCGGGGCUGACACGGGAACAGAGGAAGGAGUUUCAGGGGCUUGUGGAGAGUCGCUUCCACAUCUGGUUGUCAGAGUCCGGCCAUAAAAGAGAACUGGAUAAUCUUGCUGUGCCUCAAACUGCAAAACAUUGAUUAUGGGCUGUUUUAAUUGAUUUACAUGAAGAAAUUGUUCAUUGAUGUUUAGGAAAUAUUUUUAAAUGUAGUUUUGUUCAGGAGGAGAUAUAUUGUUUAUAUAGCCGGUGUCUGUAUGUCACACUUGUGUGUCCGCUCUGUAUCUCCUAACCCAAUGGAAGGAUUUUCCUAAAACUUGGGUCAAAUGCUCACCACAUCAAAAAAAGCAUGCAGAGCACACAUUCCAGGCCCGCCAGCUUCAGUUUAAGGUCAAAGGUUUGAGUGGUAGAUUUCAUAUCUGCUCCAUUUCUCCUUAACUCCUUAACUCCUAUAAAGAUUUUCAUGAAACUUGGGUUAAUUGCUCACCUCAUCAAAACAUGCUAGCUCAAUGUCAAGGUCACAGUUAAAGGUCAAAGGUUCUUGCCAUAGAUUUUGAGUAUACCUUUGUGUCCAGUCUGCAUCUGUAUCUGUUACACCUGUGAAGGAUUUUCAUAAAACUUGGGUCAAAUAUUCACCAAGCCUAGACCAAGUGCACUAUUUGCCUUCAAGGCUUGCAGACUCAAAGCCAAUGUCACAUUUCAAAGUCAUGGGUGUUCAAGCCAUGGAUUUUAUGUCAGCUGUGUAUCCCUGCAGCCCCCUGAAAGAUUUUCUUGAAAUCGUUGGUCUGUUACACUGCCAUAUCUGCUUUGUUUCUCUUACAAGCCUUCACAGAUUUCCAAUGUUCACCCCUUCAACACAACACCUACAAUUCUCUCCAUAUCCCAGAAAAAAACAACUUUGAGUUAAAUACUGGUAUAAUCAAAUAAUUUCUAGUACAAAUUUAGUUUACUAUUUACAUUUUUGAUUUUAAUUACUCAGUUCUAUUACUGUAACACUGAUUCAUUUGUAUAUUGACAUUAAUGUUAUUUAUUUCAUAAUAUAUCAAAUGAAUACUUUUAACUGUCCUUGUCUUUUUUA